AUGGCAGUCGACGAAAUGGAAAUCGACUCGAACCCGGCGUCUCAGUCCGUACAGGAGCCCGAGAAGGAACGCAAGCGCAAACACAAGAACAAGGACGUUUCUUCAUCAUCACCGUCGAAGAAGAAGCGCAAGCAUGACGCCAAUAAUCUAAUCGCAGACGAAACCAGCACGCGCGAGAAGAAGAGCAAGAAAUCCUCGAAGAAAGACGGCAGCAGCAAAAGCAGCAAGAAAUCUAAGCCCGCUGCGGCGUCGACUCCCGAUUCGCCCUACACUCUGACCACCGCGACGCUUUAUCUUCCUCUCUCUCCCAUCUCGAUCUCCCCGACCCAUGCGCUGGCGUCUCUGAUGGCGGAGCACCUCUCUCCGCUGAUCCUCACCUACUAUGCCCCCCUGAAGGGUGUCGUCCUGGCCUACUCCAACGCCACAAUCUCCAGCACCGACCCCGCCGAAUCCCCCAGAUCCGCGUCCGAUGCCACGAACCCGACGCCUUUGACCCUCGCAAAGACGGCCGGCGAGUACGGCGUCCUGUACGUCUACCUCACCGCCACCUUCCUGGUGUUCCGGCCCCAGCGCGGUCAGAUCCUCGAAGGCUGGGUCAACGUGCAGUCCGAGGGGUUCCUGGGCGCCGUGGCUCUGAACUUGUUCUCCGUGGGUAUCGAGCGCAAGAGACUGCCGUCCGAUUGGAAGUAUAUUGCACCCGGCGAAUACGAAGAAGGACAAGAGGAAGCCAAAGCCAACGGCGAGGCCGCCAAGACCCAGUCCCAGAACAACGACAACGACGACAACAACUCUUCCUCCUCCGAACCCUCGACUACCUUCGAUCCCGAGAAGGAACACUUCAAGCCCGUCGCGCUGGCCGCCGACUCCAACCCUCUCCUGGACACGGACGCCACUGCCGCCGAGCAUGACGAGUCCGCCGCCGCGGAGGGCUACUUCCAGUCCGUCUCCGGACACCGGGUGCGCGGCACUGUGCGUUUCCGCGUCGUCGACGUCGACGUGAUCCCCGGUGCGGAGCGCGAUCGCGGCUUCAUGAGCAUCGAGGGCACGAUGCUGACUCCCGAAGAGGAGGCCCAGGUUGUCGAGGACGAGCGCAACGGCGUGUACUCGUUUGCUGGCACCCCGCGGAGAUCGUCGAGUUUGCCGAUUCGGACGGAACCGAAGACUACCACCGCCAUGUCUGGUGCGAUCCCGGAGUCUUCUUUGACGGUGGCAGAGAUAGAGGUCGAGGGGGAGGAAGCCGAACCCGAACAAGCAUCACCGGUCAAGAAGAGCAGCAGCAAGGAGAAGAAGUCGAAAUCGUCUAAAUCGAAGAAGAAGGAAAAAGAGAAGAAAUGA